UCACACGCAACGCUUUUUAUUCCGCUGUCGAACAGUGACUCUUCUUUCUUCACGAUUCUUUUCCUUCUUCACAUUAAUUAACACGAUUUCCGCGCAAUAUUUUCUCUUUGAAUGAAUCAGAUCAACUACUGUGCAACAAUACCAACAUUUUCAUCCUUCAACAACAAUGGAGUCCGUUCUCAAUUUCAACUCAAUUUCUCCGAUUUGCGUACUUAACUAUCGCCUUUUUCCGACCACGCUCUCUUGCUCGCCUCGUCCACUUUCAGGAGAUCCAGUCGUUGCUACAUCUCGCCGAUGUUUAUCUCAACGGAAACUUUCUCGAUCUCUCCCUCCGGCGUCUCUUCCUUCAACCUCCGCUAAUGCCGCUGCUUCUACUUCAAAUUCUCUGUCUCCAAGCGAUGGACAUUACUCGGUUGGUGACUUUAUGACUAGGAAAGAAGAUUUACAUGUAGUAAAAACUACAACUAAAGUUGGUGAAGCCCUUGAGAUGCUUGUGGAAAAAAGAGUUACUGGGCUUCCUGUAGUUGAUGAUGACUGGAAAUUGGUUGGCGUUGUUUCUGAUUAUGACCUACUGGCACUCGACUCUAUAUCAGGAGCUGGCCAAGCUGACAUAAAUCUGUUUCCUGAUGUUGAUAGUACUUGGAAGACAUUCAAUGAGGUUCAAAAGCUACUGAGCAAAACUAAUGGAAAAGUUGUUGGUGAUGUCAUGACGCCGAGUCCAUUGUCCGUCUGUGAAAACACCAACCUUGAAGAUGCUGCGAGGUUGUUGCUCCAAACGAAAUACCGUCGGCUACCAGUUGUAGAUGUUGAUGGUAAACUGGUUGGGAUUAUCACAAGGGGCAAUGUUGUUAGAGCUGCUCUUCAAAUAAAACGCACCACUGACAAUACCAACUGACACUUGGGUUCCAGUGCAAAUUGUUUGUUCAUGUCAAGCCAUGAUGCUGCUGUAUUAUACGUAAUAUAUAUGUACUCUUCCAUUCUUU